ACUUCAAUCAACGCAAUGGCUGCAGUGACCAUGGAGGACCUGAUCAAACCACGCAUUAAACUAUCUGAGAAAAAGCUUCUCUUAAUCUCCAAAGGGCUGAGUGUGUUUUUUGGAAUUGUAUGCGUUGCCAUGGCUGGACUGGCAUCACUCAUGGGACAUAUGAUGCAGGCAGUGUCCAUCAUUGGUGGGGUCACUGGGGGUCCUUUACUCGGUCUGUUCAGUUUGGGUGUCCUCUGUCCAUUUGUCAACUCCAAAGGAUCUCAAAAUCUGGCCAAAAUCAGCCCUUGGUAG